AUGUUUUUAAUAGGAUUAUUUAUACACCUCGUAUUUUUGUUUUCUAUAUUUGAUAUUUAUUUUAAAUCACCUAUUGUUAAAAAUGUAGUACCAUAUCAACCAACUCAUGUAGCCCCAGUUGAUCGUUUAGUCCUUUUCGUUGUGGAUGGACUGAGAGCUGAAUCUUUUGUUAAUCAUACCACUAUGCCAUAUCUUAGGUCUAUAGCAAAUACUCAUGGAAGGUGGGGAAUUUCACGGACUAGAGUUCCCACUGAAUCGCGACCAGGACAUGUAGCUAUAAUAGCAGGUUUCUAUGAAGAUCCAUCGGCUGUAGCAAAAGGAUGGAAAGAAAAUCCAGUUGAUUUUGAUUCAGUUUUCAACCAGAGUUCCUACACUUGGUGCUGGGGAACAUAUGAUAUUCUAGAAAUAUUUACAAAAGGAACGGUGAAUCACAUUUACACAAAUAAAUUGGAUCCAUAUGAUCAAGCUUUUAGCUCUGACAAAAAUGUCACAUUGUUAGACGACUGGGUUUUUACAAAAGUAAAAGACUUUUUUUCUAAAGCUAGUCAUGAUGCAAAUGUAAAUGAGAAGUUAAGAAGUAAAAAAAUAGUUUUCUUCUUGCAUUUAUUGGGGACUGAUACCUCUGGACAUACACAUAAGCCAAAAACACAAAAUUUUUUAACAACUGUAAAAUUUGCUGAUGAAAACAUACAGGAAGUUGAAAAGUUAAUUAGAGAUUAUUAUAAUGAUGAUGGUCGUACUGCAUUUUUAAUGACUUCAGAUCAUGGAAUGACUGAUUGGGGGUCUCAUGGUACUGGUGAUAAUCAUGAAACAGAGACUCCAUAUGUGCUGUGGGGAGCAGGUGUAAACCAAAUCGAAAGCAAAGAUAAACAAUUGGAUCCAGAGACAAAUUCAAUGUCCCUUGAGAACAGAUUUGAUAUAAACCAAGCUGAUUUGACCCCUCUUAUGUCAACUUUGCUUUCAAUUCCUGUACCCACCAACUCAAUUGGUCAGUUACCGAGCGCACUCCUGAAUAUGACAUUAGAAAAUAAAGCUAAAGCUAUCUACAGUAAUUCUAGGCAAAUGUUAUCCCAAUAUAAUAAAAAGAGACUGGAUGUGGAAGCAAAUGCUAUAUCUAUAUUAUAUCAACCUUAUGAACCAUUUGAUGGUAACAAAGUGGAUGAGAUAAUUAGUUUUACAGAGAAGCUAAUUGAAGACGAACAGUACGAAAAGCUUAUAUUAUUAAGCGAAGAAAUCAUACAAUUAAGUUUGAAUGGACUGAAUUAUUACCAUGAUUAUUACCAAAGACCAUUAUUGAUCACAGUAACCCUUUCAUUUAUGGGUUGGAUUGUUUACUUGUUAAGAGUGUUGUUAGAACAAAAAAUCUUCACGCAAGCCGAGUAUAACAGCCAUAAAAAUUAUAAAUUUAAAAACAAAGGUGUAAUUGUAGACAUUUUUAUACAAUUUAUUUGUAUUUUGACAAGUAUUAUGCUCACUUAUAUAAUUUAUGCACAAGAUCUACCUGUACAGUAUUAUGUAUAUUUCUUGUUACCUAUAUUUUUGUGGAAAUAUGCCCUAACACCAAUUAACUUAUGGUUCCAAGUUAUGGAAAUGCUGAAAAAUAACAAAAAAAUGUUUUGGCUCAACCUAGAGAUACUAUGUUAUAUUAUGGGAUCUAUUUGUUUGGGAGUAGCAUUAACACAUAGAUGGGCGUUGAGCAUUCCAUUAUUUGGUAUGGGCUUGUGGCCAUUUCUAUCAUUUUCAAGACAUCAUUUAAGUAACAUUGUGUGUAUGGUGUGGGCAGUUGGAUGUUUUCUCCUAAGCAUAUUUUCAUUUUUGUCAGUAGUUGGAAAAGAUGUACAUAUUGAGUUAGUUAUUUUAGCUGGAGUUCUAUGGUUAUUAUUAUUAUGUGUAUAUUUUUGGAAAAUUUUUAUCCCUAAUGGCAUUGAUAGCUAUGAAAUUAAAAGAGAGAUUGUUGUCAGCUCUAUACAGAUAUUACUUUUGCUGACAUCCUUGCAAUUUAUCUUUAUUCAGUCAAAGAGAUUUGAAAUAGGAGCACCUAUUUCGAAAACCUUACAGUCCUUAUGUUGGAUUAUAUGUGUUGUGCUUCCCGUAUUGCCUUUGGCGUAUUCAAAAAAGUAUAUAAACCGACUUUUAGGUAUUAAUACAUCUUUAAUGAAUUUUUACCUCCUCUUGUCAGUGUCCCAUGAAGGUUUAUUUAUGGUCACCUUAAUAUUCAAUGUAAAUUGUUGGAUGUUUAUGGAAUUUAAACUACUUGGUGAAAGGAAAAAAAAGAUUACUAAUUAUAGGUUUGAGACUAAGAACUUAAGAAAGAGAGAGAAAGAUUUGGCCAACUUAGAAAGAAGUGUAAACAGCCAUGAUUUUAGAAGAGCUUUCUUUUUUACUUCAUAUAUUAUUUUAGCUUAUUUCGGCACUGGCAACAUUGCUUCACUCAAUUCUUUUGAAGUUCGAUGGGUAUUAUGUUUUACGACCUCUUUCCAGCCAUUUGUGAUGACUGCAUUAGUUUUGUUGAAGACUCUAUCGCCUUUCUUGAGUGUAGCUUGCACUUUCAGGGCUGUUCAAGAUUUGACAAAGGCACCACUGGAUUGCUUAAAUAUGAUUGUUCUCAUAUUUUCAAAUAUAAUGGGUCUUUAUAUGCUUUAUCAUGUAAAAAAUACAGGAAGUUGGCUUGAAAUAGGCACAUCAAUAUCACAAUUUGUAAUAGUACAAGUAAUAACAUUGUUUAUUGUUAUAAUUAAUCAAAUAGCCAAAGUACUGACUGAGACUGAGGCAGUCAAUUCGUUCAUGAAACUUUUUAAAACUAGGAAGAAGGAAGAA